AUGCCUAAGCAACCAGGCUAUAACUGUGACGAGUACCCCUUUGCUUCAUCCAAAGAAGGUACGAAGUUUUCGCAUUCAAUAGGUGUCCUUACAGGAGAGGUGACCCGUGAGUGAGAGGUUUCUUUAUUAGAGUAGUGACCGUAUUGGAGAGGUACCCCAAUGGAACGAUGCCCGUAUUAAAGGGGUUUCUGUAUUAGAGAGCUGUCCGGAUUAAAAGGUGUCCGUAUUAGAGAGUUACCCGUAGUAUUAGAGAGGUUUCUGUAUUAGAGUGGUGUUCGUUUAAGGGAGCUGUCUAUAUUAGAGAGGUGUCUGUAUUAGAGAGGUAUUCGUAUAAGAGAGGAGUCUGUAUUAGAGAGGUACCCGUAUUAGAUGGAGAAGUCUCCGUAUAAUAAAGGUGACUGGAUAACAGAGAUGUGUCGGCAUCAGAGGGGUGAACGUAUUAGAAAGUUGUCUGUAAUAGAGAGGUGUCCGCAGUGAAGAGACGAACAUAUUAGAAAGGUGUGUCUGUAUUAGAGUGGUACCCAUAUUAGAGAGAUGUCUGUAUUAGAGAGGUGUCCGUAGUGAAGAGACAAACGUAUUAGAAAGGUGUGUCUGUAUUUGAGUGGUACCCAUAUUAGAGAGGUGUCUGUAUUAGAGAGGUGUCUGUGUUAGAGAGAUGUCUGUAUUAGAGAGAUGUCUGUAUUAGAGAGGUGUCCGUAGUGAAGAGACAAACGUAUUAGAAAGGUGUGUCUGUAUUUGAGUGGACCCGUAUUCUUGAUUAUCACUCUUGGCAUUCAGCCUUUCAGAGUCGUUCUUAACCAUGAAUAUUUUUUUUAUAUUUCCAGGUGGUAAAGGCGCCGAGAUUAUGCUUGUCCCAGCGGUUGAAAACAGUCAGCAGGGUGGUUUGUUGGGCGGUUUUUACAGAUCACAAGGAAUUAAAGAUGGUGACUGCUACAAUGUCAAAGUUUAG